CCUUUGUUCUCUCCCCACCUACUCGACCUACCUCUCCAUUACUUCGACCUUUGCCCCCCUUCCUCGUCCUCGCCACCAACUUCACCCUCCGCACUUAGCCCCUAUCACCCAGCGCCAUGUUCAAGUCCAUCGCCUGCGCUGCCCUCUUCGCCGCUGUCGCCCUCGCGCAGAACGCCGCGAUCACCUACCCGACUAACGACAUCACCGUCUCCCCCGGCCAAAACAUCACCGUGCAGGUGACACGUGCCAACUCGCUCACGGGCUCUGAAGAAGUCGCCGUCGUGAUCGGCUUCCAGUCGUGCCCCGACUAUGCGUGCGCGUCGCCCGCGGACAUCAUGGGCCUCAUUUUGUACAAUGGCGGAUUCGACCCUGAGUACCGCGAGCCGUCGUCGCCGCAGGUACAGCCGUUCCAGAACUUCACCGUCCAGAUCCCGACCUCGGCGCGGAGCGGUACGGCGCAGAUUGGUGUUACGCAUGUGUCGCUCGUUGGUGCCGGCCCGUUCCCGUUCAUGGAGACGAUGAACCAGACGAUCACCGUGGCGUGAUCGCGCUAGCUGCUUGUUUUCUUCUUUUCUUUGGACAGUCAUGGGGACAUUUGCCGUCGGGACUCGUGUUCUUGGACGUAAAAGCCGCUGCUCGUCAUUCUUCGCUCGCUUAUUUCUUGUUUCACGGACAAUAUGCCACGGACGCUCACCUUCACUCACUAAUACCUGAUAAUACCUACAUAAGUACCAUGGCCUACUACCAACCGGCCCACGUUAAGCUGUCAUCUCCCUUCUAUGUUGUUGUUUCCUUGGGUGUGUUGGACUCGGACUUGAAAGAACUUUGGGUUAGUACGUACAUACAUACAUCAUCCGUAAUUGGUGGUGACUGUUGGAUGGAUCAAUCGUAAUUUGAGGAUGCUUCUGUAGACGUUAUUCCUCGGUUCUCAUCAUCAUCACCUCGCACACGUUUGUCG